AUGUUGAGUUUCAACCCGUUUGGUAGCAUCCAAAAUCCGACACAAUUGCAUUUACAUGAUGUGACGAUUUUGUUGGUCCAAAUCAAUAUAAUUAAAUAUCAUUGGCAUAAAGAUGCUAUCCGCAGUGUACAUGAUGAGGACCAAAUACUGAGCCCUGUGGAACACUGCUGGUUAUUUCUGAAAAGGCAGUGUUUGAAUCAUACCAACACAUACAACGUUAUGGUUUCAAUCCUACCUAAUAAAGAUGGGAAUCAAACCCUACCUUUGAUGUUCGGUUCGUUCGGUCAGGCCCAAAGUUCGGGUUCGGUUCGGUUCGGUCGGGUCCAAAGUUCCGGUUCGGUCAGGCCUAAAGUUCGGGUUCGGUUCGGUCAGGUCUCAACAAGUUCGGGUUCGGUUCGAUGA